AUGGGCCCCCCAGCCAAUGCCGCUGACCCCCAACCUGUGAUCCCGCUCAAGAUCGAGUUCUCGUAAGUCGGGCCCGCUCAUUUGUAUCGCACGCCUCUUCAUGCUUGCGUCGGGGAUCUGGCGGGCAGCUUUCAUCUAGCUGGCGGUAACUCACCAAAAGUUCAGUCCAGAACCAUGAAAAUUUUCGCUAGAAACCAAGAUGAGCGAAAUUUGACGUGUCAGACAGCAUGCUGAUGGAAUCGUGCAUAGAGGCGGCCUAGAAAUUCUUUUCGCAGAUGAGCGACAUCAUUCGCUGUCACUCCCCGCCCUAGACAAGGAUGGCAGCCCGUCCAACAUCGGGUUCCUCAUUAACCACCUCUGCGAGAACCUGAUGAAGGACGAGAGAAAAGAGCUCUUUGUUCUCGACGACCACCUGUGA